AUGGGCGAAACAGAAAAUGUGACUGGAGUGAUCCAAUCUAGUGAUCUUCCACCAAAGGAAGCUGACCCAGGGGUAUUUACGCUCCCAAUUUCCAUCAGAAACGUCCAAAUGGCGCAAGCAAUGUGCGAUCUAGGGGCUUCCAUCAAUAUUAUGCCGUAUUCUAUAUACGAGAAGUUGGAAGAUGCUAAGCUUGUCAAAACCGAUAUGGAAAUACAGCUAGCAGAUGUGUCUUGCAUCUACCCCGAAGGAGUUCUGGAAGAUGAACUUGUCAAAGUAAACAAGUUUAUGUACCCCACCGACUUCUUCUUCAUAAAGACGACAGAGCCGGGAGCGGAAGAGUCUGUUGGCAUCCUUUUGGGAAGGCCAUUCUUAUCCACAGCCAGCACAGUCAUCGACGUCCGCCAGGGGACGAUGAAGCUGAGUUUUAAUGGAGAACAACUUACAUUCGAAGUUGAUAAAGCUGUGAGGAAACCACAGGACAGCGAGAGCAUUCAAACAGUAGACGCUAUCAGCCCUCGAAAACAAAAGUAUCCGGAAAAGAAAUCCUUCAAAGAACCACCCUCUGGUUCCACUAAAGGUGAACAACUCAAGAGAGAGGCAGCAGAAUGGUUUGAUACGGCGAUGACUGGAGAAAUGGACGAUCAAGCCAUUAGAAGGGAAAUUAUUUUUGCCAACCGUCACAACCAACCGAGUCAAAAGAGGUUACCCAACUAA